AGGAAAGGAAAGGGAGGGUGCAAGGAAAAAGGCACCUAGGAGAGAAUGACUGCAUCAAAAAACAGCCAUCAUGACUUCUGUAAUUCAUCUAACGUCUAUAAAAAUCCAUAAUGGUAGCACGCUACACACAAUAUAAAUGACGAGCCAGCGCGACAAGACUAAGCUGGCUUAAGAGUGAGAUGUCAUCCCCAGGCAUGGGUACCCCCAGCGACCCCCUCCUGGCCAGUCCCGGGGGGAGAUUAUCCUCCGCUCAGGAAGGUCUCUGGAGGACCUCCCUCCCAAAGACGGCCAGCUUCCCGACGUCCUCCACCCGACAUCUAAGUCACCGUGCCAACAACUUCCAAAGGCAACACAAGAGACAGAAACCCAUUCGACCUUCGCCGCCGCCGCCACCCAACACCCCGUGUCCUCUGGACCAGCUGGACCUCAGUGAGCUGCCCCCGAGACGCACCUUCCAAGAGCUGCUCUUCAACGGGUGCAUCCUGUUUGGUAUUGAAUUCAGUUACGCCAUGGAGACGGCCUAUGUGACACCCGUGCUUCUCCAGAUGGGCCUGCCAGAUCAGUUUUACAGCUUGGUGUGGUUCAUCAGCCCCAUACUGGGAUUCCUAGUUCAACCUCUUAUUGGAGCUUGGAGUGACCGCUGCACAUCCCGAUUUGGACGAAGGAGACCGUUUAUUUUUGCACUGGCCAUCGGGGCGUUGGUUGGUCUGACUCUGGUCCUGAACGGGCGGGACAUCGGGGGAGCGCUGGCCGACACUGCGUCCAAUCACAAGUGGGGCAUAAUCCUGACUGUAUGUGGUGUGGUUCUGAUGGAUUUCAGCGCAGAUUCCGCAGACAACCCGAGUCAUGCCUACAUGAUGGAUGUUUGUAGCCCCGAGGACCAGGACCGGGGAUUGAACAUCCAUGCACUGCUGGCAGGAUUAGGGGGUGGCUUCGGGUACAUCGUGGGUGGCAUCAAUUGGGAUCAAACCCACUUUGGAAAAUCAAUGGGAGGUCAACUUCGUGUCAUCUACCUGUUUACGAGUAUCACUCUGGUGAUUGCCACAGCCAUGACUCUUACGAGCAUCCCAGAGCGGCCCCUGCCAAAGAGCCAGCCAAACAAAAACCCAAACUCAAGCAAAAGCCACCUGAAGAGCCCCAACCUUCUUCUUCCCCCGUCUCCCCCCGCCCCACCGGGAUCAGCGCUGGGAGUGGAUGAAGAAGACGAGGAAGGUCUCUACAGUUAUCACUUCUCAAAUUCCCACCUGAGCUACCCGGACCCAUUGGCUCAUUCUUGCAGCGCUAACGCCCGCCUCUGCGCGGGCCUCACUAGCCCCAUAUCACCCCUGAGCCCCCUUACCCCAAAGUACGGCAGCUUUAUAAGUCGGGACAAUUCACUCACCGGCAUCAAUGAAUUUGCCUCCUCAUUGGGGACCUCUUAUAUAGACAGUGUUCUCAUAGACUGCUACACGGGUCAACAGACACCACAGGCCCUCCUGGUGCCCAAUUCUGUACACAUGCCUCCGGGGGACUCCCCUCCCCCAGAAGGGUUCACCCAAUCAGCAGAGAGCCAUCCUGAGAGGCAGCCUGAUGGGGUCCAUCAUCCGGAUGCAGAGGGCGCUCCACAGGCAUCUCAACAAGCAUCUCAGGUUACGUCAGGGGGGCAGCAGCUCGAUUUGGGGCAACGUCGGGGCUCCAGUGGUGGAAUCCUGAAGCGACCACAAAGUCUUGCACUUAUGGAAGAGCCAGCAGCGACGCAGGUAGUCGGGCUGGAGAACGGACGUAGAAGGACUGUGACUUUUAGCCAGCAGGUGGCGAACAUUUUGCUGAAUGGCGUCCGCUACGAGAGCGAUCUGAGUGAGAAUGUGGAGACAGGAGAAUCCCAAAUGUCAAUGAAGCUUUUGUGUAUAGCCAUUUACAGAAUGCCUCCGUCCUUGCGCAGCUUAUGCACUAACCAUUUUUUGGGAUGGCUGUCCUUUGAAGGCAUGCUGCUUUUCUACACCGACUUUAUGGGGGAGGUAGUUUUUGAAGGAGACCCCAAAGCGCCCCAUGACUCUGAGGCUUACCAGCGCUACAACGCUGGGGUCAGCAUGGGCUGCUGGGGUAUGUGCAUCUAUGCAUUCAGUGCUGCUUUCUACUCAGCCAUAUUGGAGAAGCUGGAGGAGCGUUUCUCUCUUCGCACAUUGUAUUUUUUUGCCUACUUGGCAUUCGGCUUGGGCACAGGUUUGGCCACGCUGUCCACUAACCUCUAUGUGGUACUGUCUCUAUGUGUCACCUACGGGGUGCUCUUCUCCUCGCUAUGCACGCUGCCUUACUCUCUGCUGUGUGAAUACUACCAGAGCCCCCAGUUUUGCGGCUCCUCCGAGGAAGGGACCAGACGAGGGAUGGGGGUGGACAUCUCCCUGCUCAGCUGCCAGUACUUCCUGGCUCAGAUCCUGGUCUCGGUGGCCAUGGGACCCCUGACCUCACUGGUCGGCGGUGCCCAGGGAGUGAUGUACUUUUCCAGCCUGAUGUCAUUCGUGGGCUGUGUGUAUUCCUCGCUCUGCGUCGUGUACCAGCUGCCCGCCCCAGAGGGUGAGCCCCCCGAAAGCGAGAGCCAGCCACUGUUGGUGCACACUUAAGUAAAAAAAAAAUUUUUUAAAAAUUAAAAAAACAAGCAAGCUUUCACACACUAUUGAGUGUGUGCAUAGAACACGCCACAUCUCCUGCCGCACACUGUACAGCACAACAUUGUAGUGUUUCAAUGAGCGGGCAGAAAGACUGACAUUGCCGGCGCCUCCACGUGGUGUGUUUAUACAGUGUGUGUGCCCAUGCAUCAUGCAUUACGUGUGACUGAAGCUGUUGUUUGUGUGUUUGAUUAUUUGCAGUUAAUCAUCUAUUUUGGUGCUGUUUCAGAGGAUUAAUGCAACAUCUUUUUUUUCACUCUUACAGUGGAACCUCCAAUCUUCACUUCCUUUCCCCAGAGGAAAGUGAAUUAAUCUGUUCCAAUCAUCAUAAAACCUUCAUUAUCUGUAAAUGCCAUGUUUUUACACAUAACAUUUUAACUGUAGAACUGUAUAAGGUAAAUAAAUAAAACCAAAACAGGGGUAUGCUACUCACUCAAAGGUGUUUGCAUAGUGGCCUUUUAUAGGUGUAUUAACAAGUUUUGCAUGUACGCUGUAAAAGUCCCCUGUUAUGCAAUAGGGGACUCCGGCCCCAGCUAAAUAAGACCAUGCCAAUGUGAAUUUCUGUUAAGUAGGAUUCAAUAUCAAUAAACAUAAUAUUUUUGCAGUUAGAUCAUAAAAAACCUGUUUCAAUUUCUAUAUUAGAUUUUUACCCUGAUUUGAUUUUUUGAGACAGGAAAUACCCUGAUAGUCACCUUUACAUUCAUAUUACCCAAUUUAGUAAACAUAAUCAGAAAAAAUAGGCCAUUUAAAACAUAAGUAAGACUUAUGCUCAUGUGUGUGUCAAUAAAUGGCUCCCAGACAUGUGGACAGGAAGUGACGUCGAGGGUUCAGAGUUGAGUAUUAGCUGGAGUACGGCCAACAACAGUAGCCCUCGUUAUUAUUAUGAUGACUAUUAUUAGUAGUCGUAUUAUGUUAUGACUGUUGUGGGAUACAUAAUUAUAAAAUAUUAAAAGCCUGUUUGCGAUCAAGUCGUGUGCGUGUUACUAGUGGAACCUAGUGGCCUGUGAGGACAUCUUGUAUUUCCUUAAACUUUAUUUAAAUUGUGACAUUUCUGAAAAGCCAGUAAGCAUGUUUUUAGCAGUUUUACCAGUUAAAUUUCCCAUUUCCAUGUCUUUUCGCCAUACCUUGUAUCCUUCUGUGGCAUCACGCAACUUUUUUUUUUACUUCAACAUUUGGAGGUACCACUGUAAUGUGUUCCCUCAUGUCUGCAUGUUUGUUUUAGGUGAAGCGAAUGUCUGUUAAUCACAUGACAGUAUAGCAUAGCAACAUUUUUAACACUUAUUAAUUCAAGGGCUUGUGUCAUGACAUGUUUUAUGGGUUUCAUGAAGUGUAAAUAAUUACAAUGACAUGUGGGUUUGGGUGGUAUACACUUACCUUGGAUAUAGGUGUGUACUGGUGGGGCCCCUCCCCUCACUUAAAAGCCAUGACACUGCAUGGUGACGACCUCCUGGCCGAGCAGUGUAAUAAUGACAGUCAUUCUUGUCAUUAUCAGGAAGAGGAGAAGUUGAAACUGGGGUGUGACUCGAGAUUCAGGUGGCUACAGAAGAAACAGAAAGAGAAGACAUGUGAACUUUGAGUAACCGCACCUCGCAAAGUGGACAACGAAGACUCUUUGGGGUUCAUUAAAGCCAGCAGCAGCAGCAGCAACCCAUCAUCAUUGUACUGCACUGUCAGUCGCUCUUUAAGGGCACCGUUCUUUGAUGCCCUGGUCAGCACAGGCAAACCCCAUCACGCCCAGUCAGUACUGCUGCCUCAGCCGAAAGUCAGUGUUUGCCUGGGAAACAGUAAAUGUACAGAAGCUUGCUUUAUUUAUAAACAUUGUAACACUAGUGCCACCUAUUGUUCAACAUCUCUAAA